AAUUAGGAAGUAAAAGAUCAAGGAUUUGUGAAUUUUUUGGGCUCAAGAUAGCGGCAAAGCUUAAUGACAGAAAAUCUAUGGUGUCUUGAGACUGUAGUUAUGCAACUAGCAUGAAACUGAUAUAAUCGAGAGAAUUAGAAGAGUUUUUCAUAUUGUUUUUGCUUACAAAUGAUGCGAUCCUAUUAUCAGAAAGCAUAUUGCGAGUUAAUGGACUUGAAAAAUUAAAGAUUAAAGAACGAGAAUUAGAAGUACUUGAGGUUUUUUGUUUUUACCAUUUUGCUUCAAUAGAAGUGUUUAUGUUUAAAUUUAGAUUGCAGGAAAAUCACAUUAAUUGGAGUAUGCAAAAGUUUUCUUAUGAAAUCAUACAGAGGUAAAUACUAGGAUACAUAACAAACUAAUUGAACUGGAUAUAGCAGAGAUAGCAAUGUUAACAAGUUCUGUAGCAUAACCAGAGGAAAUAGUACUAUAAUAUUCGCUAGCAUGUACUCAAGAUUUGUUCUUGAUGAUUGUAGAAAAGCUACAACAAUUCUCGGCUAUCUAUGGCCUAUGUUAUACCUAAUGAAAAUCUAUAGUAACGGGAACCAAAGUGGUAUUAUUUCUGAGCCUAAUAUGUUCGACGCCAUUCUGACUAUGGGGAUUUAGAGAACCCUUUGCAUCUUUUAGGUUCUAACAUACAACCGUAACUUGAAAUCCAAGUUGAGUUUGAUUAAAAACGUUUUCUUGACAAAUCUGCCAAACGUGUUGAAGGUUCUCCAACCUCAACAAUUUUAGUGCUCUAAUUGUUGUUGUCGGUCUGCGUAAAACCUCCCAUUAAGAAUUUAUGUAUCGAAGCGUUCCCUUUUGCUGCCGUUGUUAUAUAUACGUAUAUUUUUAGAGUAUUGUGCUUAUAGUGGUUCCCUUAUUUGCAGUGUGAGGAGUUAUGGCAGGGGAAGGCGCACAUACCACGCAUUGCAAAAGUUCCAGGACUUACAAAGAUGGCUGUUUUUUCUCUAUCAAUGAUGGAUAGCAAACGUGCUCGAAUAACUCGAGAUGAUCUGUGCGACCAUGUAUGGGAAUUUCAUUUUACUGAGGAUGCACCGGAGUACUGGCGAAACCUGGACCCACGAUGGAACGGAACGGGGGCCACCAUGCGCAGAUACUUCCAGGCGGACGGAAGCAUAACGGCCGACCCGGAAGACAAGGUGUGGGGGGGCCAUGAAUCAUCGUACACGGUGGUGACAGGGUUGUACUUCGGUGGAAAGAUGAGAGAGCACUAUGUAAGGAUAAACAGGUGGCCUCAAAUGUCCGUACAGAGAAGAGCUGACUGGGGAUGGGUGCUUUCGAACCAUCUCUACUGCUAUACCAGCGUCCCUGAUCCUGAUAAACCAGAUGGCACCGGCCCUUCUCUCUAAUCACCAUAAACAAGACUCUCUCUUCUCUCUCUCUCUCUCUCUAGGUGUGUGUGUGUGUUUUUUUACACUUUAUAGUAGGUGUGAGCUUUUUGGUGAGUUGGGUUUUCUCUCUCUCCACCACCAUUAUCAUCCUUUCCUUGCCAAGAAGACUACUAUGUGUGUGUGUGUUUUUCCACUUUCUAGUAGGUGUUGAGUUUUUUUUUUGGUUUUCUUUUUUCCCUCUGUUGUGAAGGGUGGUGAAUCAAGAACUGGCCCUUUUCUCUCUCCACCACCAUCAUCCUUCUUGCCAAGAAGAUUACUGUGUGUGUGUGUGUUUACACUUUUUAGUAGGUGUGAUAAUUUUUUGAGGGGGUUAUGUUGGUUUUUGUGAAUCAACUCAUGAAGAAGACUACUUUGUGUGUGUGUUUUCACUUUCUAGUGUGUGUGAUUUUUCUGUUUUGUGUAAAUUAGGAGGUGAAUUCUUGACUUUUGUAUGAACUGUUGAAAGGAGGUUUAGUUAUGUGAUGGUAUUCUGUGUGGUGUGUUUGAUUAUUCAUUUUUCAAGAAACACCCAUGUGUGUCUUUUUUGGAAUUAUUAUUACAUUUUAGUGGAUAAUUAUUGUCUU